UUGCUAGGAUGCAGAGCGAGCGGCGACCAAGCAGAAAAGUCAAGGCAGCAGCCACACUACACAAAUCAGCAUAAGUGACACAGACAUAGAAGAAACGAAAACUCACGACGCUAACCACUUUACCAUGACUUCAAAUGCCUGUCACGGGCAGCUGCCUUUUCUGCCUGGAAACUCUUUUAGGGAUCUCACAAAAUCCUUACAUGGCAGGCCUCAAACGCUGAAAUAUAAGAAUGGCUAUGCUGUGCCUCAGCGCCCACUUGUAGGAAUUGGACGAGAGCCGCUUCUUGUGGACCAAUUCACUCAGUCUGAGCUUGAUCAGAUGAACAGGCAGCGAGCUAUACUUACUUAUGGACCCGCUCGGACUCAUCCACUUCCAGACUUCAUCCCAGCACAUGUGGCUUUUGACAAAAAGGUUCUACGAUUCAACGGGUACUUCAGACAAGAUGCUGAAGGUUCUUCUGGGAAUGAGUAUUAUGUGCGCCCUAUUGUUGUUUAUUAUUACCUGGAGGAUGACAGCAUUUCAAUUGUGGAACCAGUGGUAGAGAACUCUGGAAUACCUCAAGGGAAACUGGUCAAGCGACAUCAGCUCCCAAAAAAUGCCUUGGGUGAGACAUAUCACUGGAAAGAUCUGAACCUCAGAACAGACCUCAUCAUUUAUGGAACUGUGUACCGGCUAUGUGACUGUGAUCUCUUCACAAGG